AUGGCGCCGCCGAGGCUGAUGGUGGACUAUGCCCGCCCCAUCAUCAUCCUGGGACCCACCAAAGACCGCGUCAACGACGACCUGCUGUCCGAGUUCCCCGACAAGUUCGGCUCCUGCGUCCCCCAUACGACUCGCCCUCGCAGGGACUACGAGGUGGAUGGGCGGGACUACCACUUUGUGGCGUCACGGGAACAGAUGGAGCGGGACAUCCAGUCGCACCGCUUCAUCGAGGCGGGGCAGUACAACAACCACCUGUACGGGACGUCGGUGCAGAGUGUGCGACAGGUGGCCGAGCAGGGGAAGCACUGCAUCCUGGAUGUGUCGGCCAACGCCGUGAGGAGGCUGCAGGCGGCACAGCUCCACCCCAUCGCUAUCUUCAUCCGACCGCGGUCACUGGAGAACAUCCUGGACUUGAACAAGCGCCUGUCGGAGGAGCAGGCGAGGAAAGCUCUGGAUCGAGCCAUCAAGCUGGAGCAGGACUUCCUGGAGUGCUUCACAGCCAUCGUGCACGGCGACAGCUUCGAGGAAGUCUACCACCACGUCAAAGUGGUCAUCGAGGAGCAGAGCGGACCCUACAUCUGGGUCCCCGCACGCGACAGGCUCUGAUUGGCCGACUGUCUUCACGGGAACUGCUGUUAACGUCACGCCCAGGCUCCUCCC